AUGUCCUCGGUAUCAUCAUCAAUUGUGAUGAUAAUUGUAUUUCGCUUUCACUUAGUUAACCUCUACAAUGAAGGAGAAUGGUUUAAUGCAGAUCCUGAAGUAGUGAUAGCACAGGCAUUACAAACAGGUGGAGGUCCAAAUGUAUCUGAUGCUUAUACUAUCAAUGGACUUCCAGGGCCAUUGUAUAACUGCUCUGCUAAAGAUACAUUCAAGUUAAGGGUGAAGACAGGGAAAACCUACCUGCUCCGUUUGAUUAACGCUGCACUCAACGACGAACUCUUCUUUAGCAUCGCAGACCACACCCUCACAGUUGUUGACGUAGAUGCAAUUUAUGUGAAACCAUUUGAAACAAACACUGUUCUCAUCGCACCAGGCCAAACUACAAACCUUCUUCUCAAAACAAAACCCCACUAUCCUAACGCUACAUUCUUCAUGAGUGCUAGACCAUAUGCAACUGGCCAAGGAACCUUCGACAAUUCAACCGUUUCCGGAAUCUUGGAAUACCAGGUCCCACCGAAUAUUCUUCUCCAUUCAACAAAGAUUCCCCUCAUUAAACCCACUCUCCCUGCCCUCAACGACACUUCUUUCGCAACAAAAUUUACCAACAAACUUCGCAGCCUUGCGAGCCCUCAGUUCCCGGCUAACGUUCCCCAGAAUGUCGAUCGACACUUCUUCUUCACAGACCAGAAACCGAGUCGACCCGAAACAACUUAA